AUGUUUUGUGCAUUCCCUGGCCCAGGAACAGCUAACAACUCACUCUUGUAUCAGUAUGGAAAUGGAAAAGCGAUGUAUCCCCCUUCAAAUGCAGAGGAACUGAAAAGAGAUUCUACUUUAUACUCAUCAUACAAACUUUACAGUCCUGGCUUUGUGAGCCCUUUUCUUGAUGGGACAAGCAGCUCCACAGACACCUGGAACUCACCCAAUGGGAUCAGCCCACCAGGUCAUGGAGAAAUCAACGGCAACCUGCCAGCUCUUGAUCGUGUGAACAUACUGCCAAAUUUAACACCAACUGAAGCCAACAAGCAUCUACCGCCAUUGUCUACAUUUCACAAAGGCACUGGCAGUGUUUCACCUUUCACGUCUGUACCCCAUAAUGCACCUGUCAAUGGAACAGGCCGGCUCAUGGGUGGACAGGUGAAUGCUGUUGGAGCCUUACACAGUGGAGAUGCUCUUGAGACCACCCUGGCUUCUAUUUACUCCUCUGAUCAUACCAAUAACAGUUUUCCAGCCAGUCCAGCCACAUCAGGAAAAGCGACAUCACCUCUGGCUGCUUCUAGAGGAGCAAAUCAAUGGUCUUGUUCAGGUGAACAGACAGUACUGGAAUCCAGUUAUGAGAACUCCCUGCAGGCAGUGAUGGAGGAUAAAUUGGACAGAUUAGAAGAAGCCAUUCAUGUUCUAAGGAACCAUGCAGUUGGUGGGUCAAAUAUUGGCGUAACCGAUGACUUGCAGAGCCUAAUCAGAAAUACACAGCAUGGACCAAUAAAAAUGAGAACAAACUGCCCUGCCUUUGGACUGGUGACAAAUGGAUUACCUACAGAUGUAUCUGCAGCAGAUCCAGGUGAGGCUGCCCAUUUGGCCACUUCUGCUUAUGCUUGCUCUUUUCAUCUGACUAAACAAGAGAACAGCAUCAGAGCUCUUGCUGCAGGGCUGCUCUCCAGUUUGUCACCAGGUGCUUUGGAGGUGAAAUCGGAGAUCGCAGAUGUGGAAGAGUUUAGACUACAUCAGUCUCAUUCUAGAACCAUGUCUCACCCCCUCGAUUCUAGUCAUCUGUGUCACUUCUCGUCCAGUGCUCUGCAUUCUGAUGAAGAAAGGGACAUCAGAGAGCCUGAAACACCCAGCACUGAUACAGCUACCAGGACCAGUAGUAUCCAUGAGGAUGAAGAGCUGUCUCCAGAGCUGAAGGCUGAACGGGAGAGGGAGAGGAGGUUGGCAAACAAUGCCCGUGAACGUCUGCGUGUAAGGGACAUCAACGAAGCAUUCAAGGAGCUGGGCCGUAUGUGCCAACUGCACCUUAAGUCUGAUAAGCCUCAGACCAAACUGCUCACCCUGCACCAAGCUGUUGCAAUCAUUCUUAGCCUAGAGCAACAGGUCCGGGAGAGAAAUCUGAACCCUAAGACAGCAUGCUUGAGGAGAAGAGAGGAAGAAAAGGUGUCAACCAUGACCUUGAAUUCCCAGUCUAUGCAUACAAUCAUCCACGCUUCACCGAAUGUUCAAAUCAACAGUUCCCCUGGUCAGCUCUGA